AUGCGGGAGAUGCUGGGGGAAGUGAGGCGCCGCGCCGACGUGCGCUGGCAGCAGACGUUGCCGCUCGCCGAGCUGCUGCGGACGCCCGCGGCUGCCCCCGCCCCCGCCGAGACGGUCGCCCCGCAGAAGCUGCCCGCGCAGGCGGGCCCGAGCUCCAUGGAUAGCCACGGCGCCGUGGAGCCGCCGGAGGACCGCCAGGGCAGCGGCGCCACGUCCGCGGAGGAGGGCAGCAGGCCCGGCGCCGCUGGCGGGCCCUCCCCGGGCGAGCCCCGCGCCCGCGACGCGGCGCAGCCCCCGCCCGCUGCGCCGCCGCCUGCGCGGCGGCCAGAGGCCGCGCCCCCGCCCGCGGCGCCCGCGGCGAGGCAAACGCCCGAGGCGGGGCGCGCCGCGCCCCGGCGCUACGAGACGCCGAGGCCCGUGGAGGAGGAAGAGGAGGACCCGCUGGCGCCGCUGCUCGCGCUGGGCGGCGAGACGGCGCUUGUGGGCUCCGCCUCCGAGGGCUUCUCGAGGGCGCUCCACGAGGGCCUGCGCGAGCUGAAGAGCACGCAGGAGCGGGAGCGCUUCGUCGUGUCCAUGCUGCAGGAGCGGACAAGGGGCUGCCUCCCAGAGGGCAAGCCCAGGCUGCGCACGUUCGAGAGGAAUUGGCCCGGGAAGCUGGUGAAGGACGACGCUGAGGCGCGCGCGCGCGCGCCGUUCGAGCACUCGGGGGGCCCCAUGUGGCCAGCGGCUGCGGGGCCGCCCGCGGCCCCCCGCGUGCUGGCCGGGGCGGACCUGCUGGGCAGGAGGGCGAGCGGUGGGCGCGGGCUCGUGCGCAGCCCGUCGGACGUCCUGCCGCCGAGUGCCUCCUCCACGUUCGCCGCCUCCGGCAUCUCGGACCUGCGGGCGGCGGCGGUGGCGCAGCAGCGGCAGUUGGACGGCCUGGUGGACAAGGUGGCCGCCGUGAUGUCCUCGAUGCACGCGCAGAUGCUGCAGGACCUCCGCGCCGAGUGCAGCGCGGAGGCCCUGCAGCAGGCCGUGUGCGAGGCGGACUCGCGCCUGUCGCAGCUGCGCGCCGGCGAGGGCAGCCUCCAGGCCUGGGUCGAGGGCGAGGCGCGGCGGCUCGGCGAGCAGCUCGCGCAGGGGCAGCUCGAGGCGGGCGAGGCAUGCGAGCGCGCUGCGCAGGAGGCGCGGCAGGGGCAUCUGGACCUCGCCGAGGGGCUGCGGGAGGCCCGGGACGAGGCGUCCCGCGGGCUCGCGGGCGUCCGCGGCGCGUUGGACGAGCAGGCGGCCGAGCAGGCGGCCGAGCUGCGCGAGCUGCGCGAGCGCCUGCAGCGCCUCGAGGGCGAUGCCCUGCGCGCCGAGGAGGCGGUGCCGGCGUGGCAGGCGGAGGCGGAGGGCUGCUGCGCCGCGCUGCGCGAGGAGCUGCGCGGGGAGAUCGCCGCGGCCUCGGAGUACGGCAUGGAGGCAGCCCUGGGCCGCAUCGCCGCGCUGGAGGAGCAGCUGCGCGCGGGGGCGCUGUGCGCGGAGGCGCGCCAGCUGCGGGGGGACGACAAGGUCGAGCAGCUCCGCGCCGAGUCGCGCCGCCUGGCCGCCUCGGUCGAUCAGCUGGUCGUGGACUGCCGGCAGCUGCAGCGCACGCAGGGCCGGGAGGCCGAGGCUCGCGAGUGGCGGCAACGCGCCGACGAGGCCGCCGCGGCCGCGGAGGCGCGGCUGGGAAUGCUUGAGCAGCGACAGCUCGGCCUUGAGCGUGGCGCACGGGCCGCGGCGGAAGAGGUAAGGCGCCCCGCGGCGGAGGAGCUGGCUGGCCCACGCUGGGCGGAGGUCGAGCGGCGGCUGCAGAUGGUGGAGCGGUCGGUCGCGGUCGCUUCCGUUCCCACGCCAUUGCGGCCGCGACCCGCCUCGCCGCCCGCCUCCGCCGCGAAGAGCUCGGUGGAAGCGCGUGUCGAAGAGGUGGCGGCACGUGUGGACGGCGUGGCGCUGUCUUUCGGUCAAGAGUUGAGGCGUUGGGCGCAGCGGCUGCGUGAGGUUCAGGACCGCGCCGAGGCAGCGGACCGCCGCGCCGGCGCGGCAGAAGCGGCGGCUAAGGCCGCACGGGUGGUGCGCGCAGAGGCGAGGCCUGCAGACAAGCAGGGCAUCACAGCGGCUGCGCGCGCGCAAAGGUCCCACUCGGCCCGACACGCUGUGAAGGUCGAGCGUGCGCUGCAGACUCUGGUGGACAACCUGCGCUCCGACCUGGAGUGGCAGGUCCACGGCUCCAAGGCGGAGCUGAGCGCCGAGCUCGAGCGGCUGCGCCGAGAGCUGUGGGAGGGUCUGGGCAGCAGAGGGCCGCAGCAGGCGCUCGCCGAGUCGGCCUCCACGCGCCGCGGCCCGGGCGCGCUGGCAGCGGAGGCCCUCGCGAGCGGGCGGUCCGCUUCGUGCGGGAGCGCGCGGGAGGCCGCCGCGCAGGCGCCCGCGAGCGGGCGCUCGGCGCCGCGCACCAGCGCACGGGAAGCAACGGCUGCGAGCGCAGGGCCGCAACAGUUGGAACGUCGCCUGGAGGAGCUGGAGGCCCGCCUCCAGGACCGUGCCGCGGCCUGCUGCGAGGCCUCGCGGGCCGACGUGGAGCGGCGCCUGGAGUCGCUGGGCACAUCCUUCGAGCUCCGCCUGGAGGAGCACAAGGCGGCGUGCGAGGAGCGCCUGGCAGCCUGCGAGGGGGCAGGCGGACGCUCGGAACCGUGCGCCAGCGCACGGGAAGCAGCAGCUAAGAGCGCGGGGCCGUCACAGUUGGACCGACGCCUGGAGGAGCUGGAGGCCCGCCUCCAAGACCGCGCCGCGGCCUCCUGCGAGGCCUCGCGGGCCGACGUGGAGCGGCGCCUGGAGUCGCUGGGCACAUCCUUCGAGCUCCGCCUGGAGGAGCACAAGGCAGCGUGCGAGGAGCGCUGGGCGGCCUGCGAGGGGGCAGGCGCGUCGCUGGCCCAGCAGCUCCAGGAGGCCCUCAGCGACGGACACCUCGAGCGGCUGGAGCAGGCGACCCGCCUCGCAGAGCGGCGGAGCGAGGCCGCGGAGGCCACCAGGGGCGCGAUGGUGGACCUGAAGGACGGCCUGCAGGAGUGCGUCGAGGGCUUCGCCGAGCGCCUGGGCGCGGUGGAGGAGCAGGUGCAGGAGCGCUUGGACGCGGUGGAGGAGCAGGUGCAGACGGUCCUGGAGAGCAGCCAGAUGUCCGCCUCCGUGACGCUGCAGGACAGCUGCGCCGUCGGCGCGGGCGGGGGCGCGGCGGCCGCCGGGCUCGGAGUCUCCGCGGCGGAGACGUCCGCGGCGAGCUGCUCCGCCGACGGCGCCGAGGCGUCGUCGCUGCUCGCCGUGUCAGACCUGUCGCAGAGGCUGCGCUUCCAGGAGGCGGCGGUGGACGAGCUGCGCAAGGAGAGCCGCCAGCUGCGGGGCACGGUGGAGGGCUUCCUGCUGGAGCGCAAGGUGUCCCGCAGCCUCGAGGGCCUAGAGCGGCCGCGGCGCUCGCUGUCGUGCGAGCAGCGCUCAUGCCGCUCGUCCGGGUGA